AUGCGAGAUUUGCGCCGGUUGGAGACGUCGAUACGCCAUACGCUUCACAGCUUGUCGUCGUCUUCGUCGCCUUGUCGUCCUCCUUCUACUUCGCAUGGAGCCCCGCUGUUCGAGCUUUCUCGUACCUGCGAGACCUGGAUCUCGUCGCUGCCGCCUGCGAGGUCUUCCCUGUCCUCCUCGGCGUCGCCUGCAUCUUCCUCCUCCUGCGACAACGCGCCUGCUACGAGAAGAUUCACGAGCGCCGCAUGUCGCGUUCGCUUUGGAUAUAUCAGCAGCCUGUCGGGCCGAAGACGUGCGGCAUCUCUCGCGCGUCGUCGAUGUCGUAGAGCGCUCCUUGACGCCUUUCCGCUUGGCCAGUAG